AUGCUUUUAGCGUUUGGUAUCGAGCGAGUGGCGAUUCGUACGUGUGUGCUGUGCGCAAUCCUGUUUUGUGCUCUUACAGUACCCGAUUUUGGUCCGUUCAUGAACUUGGUCGGCAGCAGUACAAUACCUCUUGUGUGCGCUGUUCUGCCGACAGUCUGCAAUUUGUAUCUGAAUGCAAUGACUUUCGAUGGCAACACCAAACAAUACCACAUACCGACGUUAAGAGAAUGUGUAAUAAUAAUAAGAGUUUCAGUAUGUUCCCUAGUUAUCGGCCUGAUCAGUGCAGCGCUCUCAAUUCAUGAAAUCACCCUGGUAAACUUCACUCCGCCUUGCUAUCUCAGGAAAAUAUUAUUACCAUCUGAUGAGAAUUCGGUGAAUCACGAAUUGAUCAAUUGUUGCGGUCUGAAUCGAGAUAUUUACUUGUAUGGAAAUGCGACUGAAAUCUGCAGAUAA